CAGUCACGUCACUCACGUCACUUGAGUCACCGUCGCGUCACUUGCCAGUCACGUCACUCACGGAGAGGUAUUCCGAGAGUCACUUUGGGUGAGGUGACAUUUUUGUGACAAACGUCACCAAAGUGACUGUGAGAAUCGCCAUUUUCUGAGUCACGUCACGGAAGAAAAUAAAUUCAUAAAAUUUGUUUACGUUUGCGUUCGCAGACCAACUAGCUACGAUACGUCCAAUAUCAACUAUUAUCAACAUUCAACCGAUACAACAGCAGUGACAAAAACAAAAGCAACAUAAAAUCCAGCAGCAUCCAAUAACCUUAAUUAUAUCCCAGAAACCACAAACCAACAACAUUACAGCCACGACGGUUGCUGUGAUCCUGCCGCGGCGCAACAUGUGUGAAAGCUAAAACAGUUUACAACAAGCUCAGCCAACACCUCCAAUAUGUUGAAUCAAGACAGAAUAUUUUUUGAAUGGUGGAUUUCCGGGGAGUAAAUCCCUUUGCAAAACGUUCCUGAAAUAGAUAAGUUUGCAAUUCUCUGCAGUGAGUGCCUUCCUGGUUUAUUGAUAUCGGAGUGAGACAAAAGCGCAGCUUGGUCCCAGCUGUAGUUCCUACCAGUUCCUUACUUAAAAAUAUCUCUAGCUUGACACCGGUCCCAACAAUAAAAGAUCAGCAGCACCACCGGCAACAACAGCAGCAAAUAAGACCUCCCAGAUGACAAACCAUCAUCCGACCGCUCGACAAACAAUUGCCUCGUCCAGGAAUCGACCUCAACCCAAUGAUCCGACAAACAACCACAACCAGUGUAAACAGCCCAAGACAAUCAGGGUCAUACGCAGAUGGCCAACAACAGAAGCAGCAGACUCCGCAGCAGCAUACACAGCAACAACACCUUCACAAACAGCAGCAACAGCACACGAUACAGUUCCAGACAGCGGGACCAACGCAAGUAGAAGGAACCACUACUCGGCCGGUGCAGCAGUCGCAGUACGAUCGCACGGACCAGCAGACACGGAUCCAGCCAGCGAACACAAAUCGCCUCACAGCAGCAACAAAGCACCACGGUCACCACUCAGCAGCAGAGCGUGACGGCAAUGGAUGAACAGAAAA